CUAAAAUAAGAGGCAAAGCCCUGUGUGCCUCCAGCGCUUCCUGUAGCGCUUCAGACUCCUUACUUCAUGCCGCCAGCGUCUCAGAUAGCCACGUUCUGCCUAUCACCUUGCGCUUGUUAGGCGCCUCUAGGAUCCGCGGAUCUUCAAUGCCUAGAUCAUUCCAUGCGUUCCUCCUCCGCUACACCAAUAGAGCCCAGUUAUUAUUCUAAACCGGAACCAUGGAGAGCUUCCAGCCCUGGAUGGACGCCCCCACCCCGCAAAAUGAAGCUUCAAGCCACUCUUUCGUUGAGCCUCUCCCAAUGCCAUUGAACGGCUCAGUGGGAGAAGAUUCCGACGAAUGGGAAUACGAGUAUUCGACCACUGAAACCGAAACAUUCUAUCUCACGCUCGACCUCACAACUCCAUCCAUACCGACUUCUCGCCCUCGAGCCAACCCUCUCCCCAGUGGCCGUGCAAGCACCAAGACCAAAUGGAUAAACCCCGGCCUCGGCCGUCAUAAGCGCCAACUCGGGCACGCACCCACAAUAUCCCUCGGGGACAAAGACAAAGACAAAGAGGGCGAAGACACCGUCCCCGUCGAGUCCGCCGACGAAGAGCCCCAAAGUCCCACCAACGACACUCCCCGGAACGAUGAAAACGAGCCCGAGAGCAACGGGCCUGCAGAGCAAAAAAUCCAGAUCCUACACCUCGAGUCUGACAACCCGCUCAUCUCAUACCGCGAUCAUACCUUCACAUGCCGCUGGACCAAAAAUAUUGGCAGCGAGCUUCUCUUCACUCCCGACGAUGACACAGAUGACCCUCUCCCAGCCCUGCGCCAUCUACCCGGCGGCGUCGCCCUCCUCGCCUCCUGCUCCGCCCGCCUAACCUCCGCCACCGCAACCGUCGUCCCGGUCACACACGCAACGCCCCUCUCGCUCGCUCCCUACGAGGAAGGACCCCUCGUGGAAUCCGUCUCCGUCGCUGCCUCCACCGAACGACGCAACCAAGCCCGCUUCCUGGAGCGACUGAUGGGGAUCAAAGAGCGCAAAGCGGAAGACGACGAGGUCACAGUCGUGGCAUACAAGCGCACCAAGUUUCACGGCUGGAUCGAGAUAAUCCGCAAGCGGAUUGAGGACGAGCGCGCUACGAUACGAGAGGGAUUGAGUGGCGCGACGCCCGAGGAGGCGGAAGUGGCGAGGAGGCGGCUGGCGGAGCUGGAUGAGCAGGAGCUGAGGAUUCCGACGGAUGCGCCGGUGGACGAAGACGAUGAUGAUGAGCCUGCUGCGCGGCCGGUGAGGCGCAAGAAAAAGAGGAAGGAGAUGCUGACGGUGACUGAGGAGAAGGGGACGACGAUGCGGUUGAAGCCGAGGGGGGUCAGGAGGAGGCCGAGGAGGGAUUGGAAGAGGUAUAAUUUGGAUGGGACGGCGGCGGCGAGGAAUGCAGAGGUUAAUUGGCAGGGCGUGCAUACGCAGGAGGCGGGGGAGGCAUCUGGUGCGUAUGACGGUACGGACCAGAGAGGAGAGGUGGCGGAGUGAAACGCGUGGAAAAGACACUGUGGAGAAGACUCCCUAGGUGGGGAUUUGGGGCCUUAGGUAUAUUUUUAAGCAAGUACCUUAGAUAAUUAUAGCUAUGGUAAUUAAGAGCCUGUAUUUC